CGAAUAGUAACGAUUAUUGUUUUUAAAAACAUGAUAUAACCUUAUUUUACUCAUUCGCAGUUUGUGUUUUCUUUGCUUUUGUUUAUAUAACUUCUAAUUAAUAACAAAAUGAGUGAUCAAAGUGAUGAAUAUUCACAAUGUCCGAUUUGUGACCGUCCGUAUCCUUCGCAUCAAAUUGAAAUCCAUGUCGAUCGUUGUAUAUUCCUAAACUCAACAGAAACUGAUAAAGAUAAAGAGAAAAAACCAGCAUCCUCAACACUUAAACCUUCUUUUCCAUUAUUUACCCAAAAAUCUCCAGUGAAAACUCUAAAACGUCCUGCUCCACAAUCACCACCACCCAUAUCCAAACCAAUCAAAUCUCCACGUCAAGAAACACCAUCUUCAUCAAAAGUUAAACCAACUACAAGUUCAAAUACAAGUGUUAUUAAUAAUAACAAUGAAAGUGAGAAAAAUAUAGACUUUACUACACCUUUAGCCAAGCAAGUGGAACCGAAAUCACUUGAAGAGUUCUUCGGGCAAAAGAAUGUCCUUGGUGAGGCUACUGUCCUGCGUCAGUUGUUGGAAAAAGGCGAAGUACCUAAUAUGAUCCUAUGGGGACCUCCUGGUUGUGGAAAGACAUCCCUUUCUUCUGUAGUAAAAGAGAUCUGUAAAAAUAGCACAAAACUGUAUUUUAAAGCAUUAUGUGCUGCGAAUUGCGGUGUAAAAGAUGUGGAGAAAAUCGUAAGUGACGCAAAAAUGCAGAGAAAAUUCGGAAAACAAACUGUACUAUUCAUGGAUGAGGUACAUCGCUUCAAUAAGCGUCAACAGGAUGUUUUUCUAUUACAUGUAGAGAAGGGUGAUUUGAUAUUAAUAGGAGCAACAACGGAAAAUCCAUCGUUUACCAUAAACAGCGCGCUUUUAAGUCGUUGUCGCGUGAUAGUCUUGGAAAAAUUGGACUGUGAUAGUAUGGUAAAGAUAUUAGAGAAAGCAGCGAAGAGAUUUGAUGUUUACGUACAGAAUAAAGGCGCACCAUUAAAAGAAAAUAUUUUGCAAAUUGAACGCGAUGCAUUAGUCUGGUUAGCGGAUACUUGUGACGGCGACGCAAGAAUAGGCCUUGGUAAUCUACAAAUGCUCUUGCAGCAAGCACAAACUAACAAGAAACAAGGCCUCAUCACAGUACAAGAUAUAAAAGACGGAAUAAAAAAAUCUCACCUGCUUUACGACCGUCGCGGUGAGGAACACUACAAUAUUAUCUCAGCAAUGCAUAAAUCCAUCCGCGGGUCGGAUGUUAACGCCUCUCUCUACUGGACGACACGAAUGAUAGUCUCCGGUGAAGAUCCCCGCUUUAUCGCUCGACGUCUGGUACGCGCCGCAUCAGAAGACAUCGGUAACGCGGAUCCUACUGCUCUACAACUCGCCGUUUCGGUUUUCCAGGGUUGUCAACUCAUAGGAAUGCCUGAAUCCGACGUACUUCUAGCUCAAUGCGCGAUUUACUUAGCACGCGCACCGAAAUCUCGUGAAGCUGACAGCGCGCUCGCCGCUGCGAAGAAGACAAUUAAUCAGUGUGAAGGUUUACAACCCUCAGUGCCAAUGCACAUUCGCAAUGCGCCCACAAAACUAAUGCGCGAAUUGGGAUACGGUCAACUAGAACGCGGCACCAAGGCGUCAUUCAUGCCCAAAGGAUUAGAAAACGUAAACUUUUUCAAAUAAAUACACCACAGCAAUGAAACUACGCAGGAAAAAUAAUGGUGUCUUCAGACAUUCAAUAUUAUUGCGCAACCAAGUGCAGCUUAUAAUAAUAUACACAUUUUUUUCAA